GUCGCGAAACCGGAACUUUAGUAAUGUGAAUUCUUUUUGAUAGAAAAUGAAGGUAAAUCUUGUGAAAAAAUUUUUUGUUCUUGUUGAUGACAUGAGUCGCAACGAAGACUUGAAUUUUGUAACUUUGUUGAGAUGAGGAAUUGUGUUUUGUCAGCACGAAUGAAAUGUGAAGUCCAGAUUCACACAUCCGUUAUACAAAGCCAAAAAUUGUCGCGAGUCAGAGACAAAACUUCAGCUAGAAAAACAUUGUCGCGAGAAACAAUCAAGCGAAAUCUGUCAUAGAUUGAGCGAUUCAUACAGUCCAAAUAUGAGGAAAAUUGUCCCUCCUUUUUCAAAUGCGCGAGACGAUCUUCUGUCACAAGGAAAAGUAGCAAUCAAAUCACCCGACUCAAUCGAACAUGCCGAUAUUAGGAGAAAAAUGUCGAAGUCGUCAUCAAAACCAAGCAUCAAACAUUCAACAGAAUCGAGGGAAAUGUCCCCUCAGAACUAUGUGACCUUGAUUUGUGGUAAUAUGCAUCGGAAACCGAUAGCAGAAACUGUCACACGUUCAAAAGACGGAUGCCCGGAAAAAGCGCUGCCUGCAGAGGAUGACGAGGUUGUCAGAUACCCACCAUUCAUGCAGACAUCUUUUCAUUCCCCAUCCAGUACAAAAUGGAGAACACUCCAAGGUACUCGACAAGAUUCUCUUGAGAGAAAGACAGACGCACUACGAAAGGAACGUGACCAUUGGACAUAAAGUCAACACUUCCACGUGUCCCGGAAGUAGCAAGCAAAAAGAAAAAAAAAUACUUGCACUCCAAAAAGUCCGGAGCGAAAACUCUCUGUGUGUGUCGACGCACAGAAGACGCAGAGUCCGCACAAGUGUCCAUCGAAAGAGCCGUGCCGCCGACACCUCCCGACAAGUCUCCUUACCUGCCGCAGCCCCGGGGCCCAUCUCCGAUAGUAAACAACAACAUACAACACCAGGUAUAGUCAACAACAUACCUUAUGAACUGAUGAGCAGUAAAGAGGAGGAAGCUUUAAAGUUAAAAUUACAACAGGCUUUGAAAGCAGCAGCUAAUGCAGAUGCAGAAUUGAGAGAAAAAGGUUUAUUACAAGAUACCACUCCAAGUCAAAAAACAAAUGUUGCUUCUGUUGCAGAACAAAUUAAACGUGCUCAUGCUAUAGAAGAUAUUAAUUCACCCACUUUUACUCAACAUUCCUUUGUAUCAGGACAUUCAUCUACAAAAUCAAAAAAAUCUACAGACAAUAAUGGAGAUAUUCAUACAGCAGCUAUGUUUGGUUUGACAACUUAUCCUCCUCUUUCAACAGAAAUACCUGUUAGCAAUACAGGUAUGAACAAAUCAAUGCGUGAUGUAUGGAAAAAUGAUCCAGAGAAAUUAGCACAUGAAAAUCUUUUCGAAGAUUUAGAAAUAAAAACGGAAAGAUGGAAGAAAAAAUUAAUAGCACUUAGGAGGAAAAAAUUGAAUACAGAACAGUUGAAAUCUAUGUGA